AUGAGACAUGAGGGGGUUUUAGGGCACGCUGUUGGAUUCGGAGCUAGAGAUGCGGAAGGGAGUACUGGUCUGACAGAGUUCCAGGUUGGUCAGCAAUUCCAGGAUAAAGAUGAGGCCCUUUUAAGUAUGAAGACUUACAGCAUCCGGCGAGGGGUACAGUACAAGGUGGUGGAGUCCGAUCACCGCCGGUAUGUGGGCAAGUGUUCCGAGUUUGGGAAUGGGUGCUCAUGGUUGAUUCGACUGAGUCUCCGGAAGCGCAAGGGCAUCUGGGAGGUCAAACGGUACAAUGGACCUCACACUUGCCUGGCCACAUCCAUCUCUAGUGACCACAGGAGUUUGGAUUAUCAUGUGAUUUUGGCUUUCAUUAUGCCAAUGGUUAGGGCCGAUGCAUCCGUGAGCAUCAAGGUGCUCCUGAACGCCACGGCAGCGCACUUUGGUUUUAGGCCGACUUACCGGAGGGUUUGGAUGGCGAAGCAGAAAUCUAUUGCCCUCAUAUACGGUGACUGGGAUGAGUCCUACAACGACCUGCCUAGGUGGGUCUUGGGUGUCCAGCUGACGAUGCCUGGGAGUGUUGUGGUCCUGAAGACGAGCCCGGUUCGAGUUGGAGGACAGGUGGACGAAUCUCAAGCGUACUUCCACAGACUUUUCUGGACUUUCCCGCCCUGCAUCGAGGCUUUCCGUCAUUGCAAGCCGCUAAUCAGCAUUGACGGCACACAUUUGUAUGGGAAGUAUGGGGGAACGUUGCUCAUCGCGAUUGCACAGGAUGGGAACUCCAACAUUCUACCUGUGGCAUUCGCACUAGUAGAGGGUGAGAAUGCGGAAUCCUGGACAUUCUUUCUCUCACACCUUCGACAGCACGUGACCCUGCAGCCCGGUCUGCUGGUUAUAUCGGACAGGCACAACGGCAUCAAGGCUGCGCUUGAGGCCCCUGACGGCGGUUGGCUACCGCCAUCUGCGUACCGUGCAUUCUGCAUACGACACGUAGCGGCUAAUUUUGCCCUAACCUUCAAGGGCAAAGACGCUAGGAGGCUACUAGUGAACGCGGCGUAUGCGAAGACCGAUGUUGAAUUUGAUUACUGGUUUGAUAUCCUGCGAUCUGAAGAUCCGGCGAUGUGUGAGUGGGCGAACCGGAUUGAUUACUCGUUGUGGACUCAGCAUCGUGAUGAGGGGCGGAGAUUCGGUCACAUGACGACGAACAUCUCCGAGCUUGCGGAACUGUUUGUUCGCAAGGGGAGAGAGGCUGAGGCCCAGAUGGGAACAGGACAACAAUUCAGUCAGCAUUUGGUGAAGUGUAUUGAGGCCAACAUGAAGACGGCCAGGUGCUUCACGGUGACGCUGUAUGACCGGGAUAACUCCGAGUUCACUGUAGCAGAGACUACUCCGACUGGUUCUUUCUCCUUGGGUACUUACAGAGUAUCACUUGCCUCUCGGACAUGUGACUGCGGGUACUUCCAGGCUCUUCAUUUCCCGUGUCAGCACGCACUUGCGUGCUGUGCAUACUCACGGGUCACCUGGACCUCUUACGUUCACAGCGUCUAUCAGAUUAGCUCGGUCUUCAAUGUGUAUCGGAUGGGAUUCACACCUCCCAUCCCGGAGGGCUUCUGGCCACCUUACGACGGGCCCACAGUGAUUCCAGACCCUGCCAUGAGGCGUGCCAGAGAGGGUCGUCCUAGAUCCACUAGGAUACGGACGAACAUGGACGAGGCGGAUCCGAAUCGGCCAAAGAGGUGCGGCCUAUGUCGCCAACCUGGACACACGCGACGUAGUUGCCCACAGGUUGCAGGCUCGUCUCAGACAGGACACCAUUAG